AGACAUUCACCUUUCAUUUUCUUCACUCAUUCGGCUUCUCAAUAAUUUCUCUCUCUACCAAUAAUUUAUCUCUCUAUCAUUUUUCCAAUUAUAUUCCAUGCCAUUUCUUCACAUUUUUAAUUCGUGCACAACUUUAUCUCUUUAGAGGAUUUCAUACCAAUCCUUCAUAACUUUAUCUCUCUACCUCUUUUCAUCAUAAAUUCCCACAAUGGUAAUUCCUAUUUCUGCUGCUUCUAAAUGGUCCGAAUUGAAUAAAGUUAACCCUAUAAAGAUGGAUUGAAAUUUAUAACUCUAUGUCAUACGAGUGUAUCACGAUCCACCAAGUGAGCAGUUUGGAGAGACUUUGGAACUAGCUUUUGAAGACAGAAAGGGUGACAAUUUACAUUGAAUUAUAAAACCUCCAUAUAUCAAAAAAGAAAGGAAAUCCUCAAACCUGCUGGCAAGGAUAGAUGCCUUGCUACUUUUGGCUUUCAAUUUGUUAUAGAUUAGAUCAAGCGGAAAAGAGACUACUAUUUGUGAUCAAGGAAAUACACCCUGUGCAGAAUAUUAUUGGAACAAAGAUGAAGAAUUACCGAGUGCUUUGUGUCGUUUUGAAGUCCAAUAGUGUGUUGUUAGCUUCUUUCAAUAAUGCAUUUCCUUUUUUUAAAGGUUUUGAUAAUGACAAAAGGGUGACAAAACAUCAUCAUCAUAUUGUGCAUCAAGGCUAAGAAUCAAAGCUACAACAAGUUCAUAUCCGUCCGUGAAGAAGGGACUUGAGCAUCGGUGGAAGGAACGAGACCGAAGAGAUUGUUUCCUUAGUUGAGUAGUGUUUUAGGUCUUAGAUUAUGUGUUAAAGAGUAUGGCAUCUCUAAAGUUCAUUCCCUUAUCAUCAUACCUUUAAAACACAUUUUAGAUCAGCCUUUGUGUGGGGGAGUUGCCUUUCUAUUCGAAUAAUCUUUAGUUUAUUCG